AUGUCUGAUGCUACGAGGUGCAUUUUUAUCACUAGUGCGGAAUGGGGUUCCCUCAGGUGCUCGCAGCAAAAUCCACAGUUCAACCAGGUGGAUGCGCUCGUCGAGAGACCAUGCAAUUCAACUGUGUCCGUCACAUGCUCCACGGCAGCGUUAACAGUAGAUAUGCACGAGUCCAGACGAUCAUUUAGUCGCAAAGAUCAAAUUGCAACGCUACGAGAAACUAUCGAAUAUAGAGUAACAGUAUUGGCUGCUUGCGACCGAGCGCGAUUUCCUACGGGACCUGAAAUAUUCUCAACAAAUGCAGUCAGAGAUGACUUAACACGCAAUCUCGGGCCGGACAGCAUUAAUACCGAACGGAGAUAG